CAAUUAGUAAUUACUGUAAAUACUAAAUAGUGAUUAAUCAAAUGCAAUAAUGUAAUAUAUUAUAUUAUAAUAAUAUAGCGUAGUAGAUUAUACAUUUAAUAAGUAGUCAAUGUUUAAACAUGCAAUUUUUUUAAUCAAUAAAAAACAUCAAUUCGUAUUAGUCACUAUAAUAUUUAUAUAUAUAUAUAUAUAUAUAUAAACCUAUAAUUUAGUAAUUUUAAAUUUGCCCAAAAUAUGGACGUGCUGAACAAAUUCCGUUCGACGGUCACCAAUACCAUGUCUCAGCUUUCGACGGUGCUUCCCGGCAAUCCGGUCACCAGAGAAUACGAAGCGACCAAACACAUAGCCAGUGCCGGUGUCGGGCUGUCGUGGAAAAUCUACAGCGGAUAUAAAAAGUCGACGCAACAACCGGCGUCCAUAUUUUUAUUAGAAAAACGACAGUUGGACAAGUGGUCGAAAAGUGAAAGAGACCAUAUAAUAGAUGUGUUGAAAAAAGGUGUUGCUCAAUUGACCAGGCUCAGGCAUCCUCAGGUGUUGACCGUUCAACACACACUGGAAGAGUCGAGAGAGAGUUUGGCGUUUGCGACCGAACCAGUUUUCUGUAGUUUGGCUAAUGCUCUUGGCAAAAUGGACAAUACUCCGCAACCGGCGUCCAAAGAUUUACAAGACUAUAAGCUGUACGAUAUCGAUAUCAAGUACGGGUUAAUGCAGCUCGGUCAAGGUCUGGUUUUUUUACACAACGAUGCCAAACUUCUUCAUCACAAUCUGUGUCCGGAAAACGUUAUUAUCAACGAACAAGGCGCUUGGAAAAUUUUCGGUUUCGAUUUUUGUCUGCACUGUAUUAAUCCUGCCGACCCAACACCAAUGUGGUCGAAUUGGGAGUAUAAAACAGACGUGCAUCCUUGGGCGCAACCAAAUCUCGAUUAUUUGGCACCCGAAUCAAGUUGUGGUCGUAGUCAAGAGAAAGCCAACGAUAUGUUUUCUUUGGGAAUGUUGAUUUACGCGAUAUACAAUAAGGGCAAUGCACCUUUACUGGCCAAUCACGACUGGUCUACGUAUAAACGUAACAUAAACGAAUUAAAAAGCAGUACGCCAAUACUGACAUCUGUUGCCGAUGGACUUAGAGAACCGUUAAAGAAUCUACUGAAUUUUCAUCACGAACAAAGACUCGAUGAACACGAUUUUUUAAAAAUUGAAUUUUUCAACGACGUCGGUGUAAAAACGCUAAGUUAUUUGGAUUCGCUUUUUCAAUGGGACAACCUGCAAAAAUCUCAAUUCUACAAAGGACUGCCUCAGAUAAUGGAAAAAAUGCCUCACAGGAUCUGUUUGAAUCGAAUUCUUCCGUGCCUGGUAAAAGAGUGUGUGAAUCCCGUAAUGAUUCCAUUUGUUUUACCAAAUAUAUUUUACGUUUGCGAAAAUUGUUCAAAACACGAGUUUGUCAAUCACGUUUUACCGUGUCUGAAACCCAUUAUGAAAGUACACGAACCAGUCCAGGUUCCUUUUAUUUUCCUUCAAAAAAUGGAGCUCCUCUUGAAAUUGGCACCGUCGGAAGACAUUAAAUCCGACAUUCUACCCAUGUUGUACAAAACUCUCGAGUUGGACUCAAAGCCGGUUCAAGAAACUUGUCUAUCAGUUGUACCGUCUUUGGCCGCCCUCGUCGAAGGUCCCGCGAUGAAAAACGCUCUGUUACCGAGAAUCAAAAGACUUUGUUUGUCGACAUCCGAUCUUUCCGUACGUGUGAAAUGUUUGGUGUGUGUGGGAAAACUAAUCGAAUACUUAGACAGCUGGCUGGUGUUGGACGACAUUAUUCCGUUUUUACCGCAAAUACCGUCAAAAGAUCCUGCUGUGAUAAUGGGAAUAUUAGGUGUAUAUAGGAUUAUUCUUUCGAAUAAAAAAAUGAACGUUACGAAAGAUACGAUGGCUUUGAGUAUACUACCGUUUCUGAUACCGAUGUGUAUUGAAAAUACUUUGACACUGAAUCAGUUUAAUACGCUAAUAUUGAUUGUAAAAGAGAUGGUGAACAACGUCGAAACAGACCAUCGAGCGAAGUUACAACAAUUGCACGAUCAAAAUAGGACGAUUUCCAAUAAUGGAAAUUUGGAGAACGCAAAUCAAAACGGCGGUGACUUUCAAUUCGAUACGUUUGUCGAAUCUUCGUCCGCACAACAGUCGGGUGGUUUUGGACUUUCGACAAACAUUUCAACGCAAAAUGCCAUUAAAAUAAAGCCAGUUAGGUCUCAUGAUGUGUUUCAAAUGAUGGACCACCAACUCAACCCUAGUCCUAGCGCGGAAAAAACUAGUAAAACGGUUCCUUCGCCCAAAGACUUAACGUCGACGCUGAUCGAUUCGAAUUUGAGUCAAAUAAGUUGGACGAAUCAGACCAAACCUUCUUCUUCUCCUUCUUUGUCGCAACUCAAGCCUUUGGGUGGUUCUCAAAGUAAACCGAUGUCUCUUCAAAGUCAGUCGCAUAAUUGGGAUGACUUGUGGACGAAACAAGAAGACAACCAACAGCAAGUCAAACAACUUUCGCUGUCUGACAUCAACGAUCUAUUGAGUUGAUCGUCGUGGCAUUAGACUAUUUUUAUACCUACCUUUUUUUUUUUUAAUUACGUUAAAGUAUUAAUUAUUAUUUACGAUACAACUCUAAUAGCUCACGUUUAUAAAUCUAUGUAUUUUAAUUUAACAAAUUAUUUAUUUGACAAAUUUCACGUAUUUAUUUUAUUUUACCGCUCUUGUUUAAUUUGUAAUACCAUUUUUUUUUUAAAUUUUUUUUUUUAAUAAUUGACUUGUACCACUGUUUUUUUUUUUAUAUAUCACAAUCCCUUAUUGCAAAAUUACGACGCUACGGGUUUUUAAUCGUACGUAAAUUAUUUUACCGUUUAAUUAUUAUGUGAUAAGACGUAAUUAUAGUUAUUUUAAUGAAACUACUAGUCCACUAAUAUAUUUUAUAGUAACGUACCAUUAUUGAUUUAUUUAUUUGAACUACUAUCGUCUUUUGAUAACCCAUUUAUAAUUAAGUA